AUGGCAAGGAAACGUAACUUUAAAUCAAAAGGCCUGUAUUUUUUGCGACUGGAUUAUGGCCCGGAUCUGACAUUUCUCCAUCUUAUUGUUAAAUCAUUUUCUAGGAAUUGUUUGUUUCUUCAUUCCAUCGCUUCGUCCCAUAAAUGCAUCUGCCUUCACAUUUCUUCAUCGAAUGUUAAACCGUUGAUAAUGACAUCUUUUGGUAACGCUGCUGUUGAUAUUGAUAUUUUAGAGCAGGAGAUUGCUGCCAAGGAACAUGCUUCACGACAUACUCCUGCUGAGCUAUCCGGGAACAUUGCUGGCAUGGGAGGCCCUUCUAGGUCACGUCCCAUGCAAGAAGUUGGUUUGAAUGACGAUCUUGACACGCUUGAUGAACCCGUCUGGGAUACAGUGAAACGUGAUUUACGUACCAUUGGAUUGAAAUUUGGUCAUGUCAUUUUCCCGACUCCAGAUCGACAACAAUUGCUUAGAGAUUGGGAUCUGUGGGGCCCACUUUUUAUUUGUGUUGGGUUAUCCUUAUUACUCCAACAUAACCAUCCCGAUGGUUCUGCUCCGCAGUUUACUCAAGUCUUCGCAAUAACUUUUUUCGGAUCAGUCGUUGUCACUCUGAAUAUAAAACUGCUCGGCGGGCAGAUUUCAUUCUUCCAAUCGCUGUGUGUGAUCGGAUACUGCCUGCUGCCUCCCCUUGUCGCAGCUGUCAUCUGUUCGAUUCUGCUACAUGGGAAGUUAUUCCUUCUCCGACUCGCUAUUUCCACUGUUGGCUUCUGUUGGUCCACUUUUGCUGCUAUGGGCUUUUUGGCCGGAUGCCAACCGGAGAAGAAGCGAUUUCUUGUUGUGUAUCCUAUUUUCCUCUUCUAUUUCGUUGUCAGUUGGAUGAUAAUGACAAACUCUUAG